CGCCACGUCGCCAGUUUCCCUGCCCGUCCGUACCCUAGUCCGUCCAAUUCCCCAUUCCUCAUCAUGGCGGGCCUGUUCAAGAACGUCUUUGGCGGUUCCCAGCCCUCGAACCCAGCCAAGGUUGACGAUGACUUCGCCGACUUCGUCGAAGCCCCGGAGCCCUCCCCGGCCUCCCUCGUCGCCGGGUCCUCAUCCAUCCCGGCCGUGAACACCCAAGGCGUCACCCCAGUCCCCUACACCAAAUGGUACCGGGUAUGGGAGCGGACCUCGCCGCGGGACUUCAUGCAAGAAGCGACCGUGAUGCCCAUCAUCCUCCUAAUCAUCCUCUUCCACUUCUGGGGUACGCGCAAGAACCGCCGCAAGGCGCGCGACUGGGCGCAAGCUCACACCUCCGCUCUGCAAAGCGAGUUCGCCGUUGUGGGUUUCGACGGCCCUAGCAGCAGCAACAGUGAAGGACAACCCGCACCCGAGUCUCUCCUCAAGGAACGCUCUGCUCAAGAAUUCGCCUCCUACGCGACCGGUCGUCAGAACGUGGCUUUCGUGGACGUGGCCAUUAAGCUCCCCAAGCGGUACAACCCCGUUACUUUCUGGACGGAGACUGUCCUGGGCUUCUUGUUUGAGAGCUGGUCCCCCCCGACGGAAACCUACGAGGCUACUGCGUACACCUUCGACGGAAAGGAGAAGGACGUUGUCCCGCUCCCGGCCAAUGAUCGCUCUUCCCUGAAGGUCAACAACUCGACCUACGAUGGAUUCAUCUGGGCUGUUGUGCACAAGAACUACAUGCGGAAGUUCCGUCAGGACCGCUACGACGCCAGCAUCACUUUCACCAGGGAUAACAACAAGCUGCCUAACUGGGUUACCGUCAUGACGGAGAGUGCGGAGAUCACGGAUGCUUUGCUCACGAAUGAGCUGGCCCAGGCUAUUGAGAAGGCUGGCAAUGAUUUCAAGUACUUGAUUGUUACUGAUCAGCCCGUCGAUAAGCCCAUGAAAAUCGAGGAAACCACCCCCCGCAAGCGCAUCGAACUGUCCGUCACUCUCCCCAGCAGCGCCGAAGGCUACAGCACCACCCUGCCCCUCUUCACGCAGUUCCUCCGCUUCGCCGACCGUCUCGUCGGCUCCGCCCACUUCCGCCCCGAAGUGAUGCGCAAGGUGCGCAGCACUCGCGACGAGGAGAUCAAGAAGCUGCGUCGUGCGGAUGAGGAGGAGAAGGCCGAGGAGCGCCGACUCGCCGCCGAGAAGGUCAAGAAGGAGGACAGGGAACGUCUCCUUCGUGGUAUGUCUGCGGAUGAGCAGAAGAAGUACCUGGAGCGUGAGCAGCAGAAGGAGCACCGUCGGAUGAUGAAGAAGAGUACGCGUAGGGGGUGAUUUCUUGUUCUGUUCCGUUCUGUUCUUUCCUUUCAUUGAACGAACUGUGGAUUAGGGGAAUGUGGACAUCGG